CUGUUUUUGUGUUUUUCAAUAAAUAUAUUUAUUGUGCGUGUGAAGUUAAUGGAAGAAUUUUUAGGACAGUCUUUGGGAUUUGUCGUUGUUACAAGCUUGAUUUCAUUAAAGAACUAAAAAUUUUCUCUGAUUUGAAUUUUUCCGCCAUUAGAAAAAUCCGAUAUGGAGUGCAGUCGUUGUUUGGAGGGAGUUCCCUUUCACAACAUGGCACAGUGUGCAGAUGGACACCUCUUUUGUUCUGAAUGUUUAGAAAAGCAUGUAGAAGAAUACAUAUCGGGAUGUUUUGAAACUUGUACUUCUUUAUGCUGCUUGGACACUAAUGGCUGCAAGGAGUCAUUUCCUUUGUCAGAGAUUCAAAGAAGUCUACCAAGUGAUCUUGUUGAAAGAUAUGAACAACGGCAGGCUGAAACAGAUAUUGAACUAGCCAAUCUUGAAAAUCUGGUCUAUUGCCCUUUCUGUAACAUUCCUUAUCAAGGGAAUAAGGAUGCACUUAUUUUGCUAUGUCCCUGUUCAAAGGAACCCUUUGAUGAUGAGGGUAGAAAUUCAGAAGGCCCCAUCGAAGUGGAAGCAAGAUGCUCCAGCAAGGAAAUGCUUUCUGUAGCUGAGGAUAUGGAGUGUUGUUGUUGCUAUGAAUAUCUUCUAUUCCCAAAUGUGGUACAGUGUGCAGAGGGGCACCUUUUCUGUUUUCAAUGUUUAAGGAAACAUGUUGAAGAAUACACAUUCGGAGGUUUCCAAGCUUGUAGUUCUUUAUGUUGCUUGGAUACCAAUGGCUGCAAGGAGUCAUUUCCUUUGUCAGAGAUUCGAAGAAUUCUUCCAUAUGAUGUCUUCGAAAAAUAUGAACGACGCCAGGCUCAAUCUGAAAUUGAUAAAGCCAAACUUGAAGAUCUGGUCUAUUGCCCUUCUUGUAACAUACCUUACCAAGUGGACGAGGGUAUACUUGUUCUGCAAUGUCCAAACAUCAACUGUUCAAAGGCUUCUUGUAUCCCAUGUAAAAAGCCGGAUCACAGGCCAUUACGUUGCGAUGAGGUUGAGAAGAAAUCUGAGACUUCUCUGCGAAGAAAAAUUGAAGAGGCAAUGGCAAAAGCUGUGAUAAGGGUAUGCAAUUCUUGCAAUGCAGAGCUAGUCAAGGUAGAUGGUUGCAAUAAGGUGAAAUGUAAAUGUGGAACUAUAAUGUGUUAUAUAUGCCGACAAACCAUCCCAGAUGAAUAUUCACAUUUUUGUCAGCAUUCUCGAGAUCCAGCGAAUGGCUGCCAAAAAUGCAAAAAGUGUGGACUGUGGGCUACGGAGGUUGAAGAUGAACUAGCUAGGGCUGCAAAGGAGAGAGCAAUGAAGAACUUGGUUAAAGAAGAGCCCACUUUACUGAACAAGAAUAUUGGACCUAAACUUGGCAAUCUUAGCCUCAAUUAGUACCUCCACAAAGUUGUCAUAUCAGGCUAAUCCUCAACCAAAUAAAACAAUAAUGAUUGACCUCAAUAUGCUUUGUAAAUAACUAAUUUUUAAAUUUAAGCAUAUUUUGCUUUGAGUGUUGCAACUCAAUCCAUAGUUUCUAUGAAAACAUCGAUGAUUGCUUCUUUUUCAAGCAAUAUCACCAUGUCGUAUGUGGGAAUUAUAUUGUCAUGAUUUAACAUCGUUGUGAGUACAUGGGUACCUUGUAUUUGAUUGUCGACACACAGUAAUGAUCUUUUUUUUGUCAAUAAGUUGAAAAUGGUUGACAUGGUA